AUUUUGAGAGGCUUCACUUUUCUUUAGAAACCUGACAGAAGAAUCAAAAUGUCAAACGACCACCAACAGGGCGAACCUGCCCCCCGCAGACGCUUGGUGCCCUGCAUCAUCAUCUUUGUGCUCGGUGUGGGAUCUCUGCUGCCAUGGAACUUCUUCAUCAUCGCGUCUCAGUAUUUCCAACGGCGCCUGGCAGCAGAACCAAGCACCACGUCGGGGGGCGGAGGCUACAGCUAUGAGCUCUGGAUGACCCUGGCUGCCAAUCUGCCCCUGGUGGUCUCCAGCCUGCUCAACUGCCUCUGCACCAGCGGUUGUGGGCGUGGCCUUCCAGCGGCUCUGCGCAGGUGUUGUGGGCGUGGCCUUCCAGCGGCUCCGUGUGGGAGUUGUGAUCUUAAACACUGCCCGCUCGUGGUCUUCACCAUGGUCUUGAUCAUCGGGUUAUUUGCUGCCACGGCCGUCCUGGUGGAUGUCGACAUGGAGCCGCGCAUCUUCUUCUACGUCACCAUGGCGACCAUCGUGGUCAUCAACAUGUCCAACGGCGUGCUGGUGGGGAGUCUGUUCGGUGUGGUCAGUCUGCUCUUCCAACAGCACUUGCGUUUUUCAUGA